AGGCUUUAACAUGCGCAUUGCGCACACCAAAAAGUCUCUCUCUCUCACAUCUUUGAUUUCUCAUUUCUUAUUUCUCUCUCUAGUUUUCUCUGCUCUGUUUCUCCGGUCGAUGAGGAAUCAAACAGGGACCCAAAAAAAGCCCCAUUGAAAAACCACGCUGCAGUCCUGCCAUACCCAACCAGCAGCACAAGUGUUUUUUCAAAAGCCAUCCGGAAUGGAAACUAAUCUGAUUUUCACCCUGUUUUGUUUCCUUAUGUCUCUGCUGCCGGUGGGGAAGACAGAUCUGGCAGCCGAUAGAGCGGCUCUUCUGGCGCUCCGCUCGGCCGUCGGCGGCCGUUCUCUGCUCUGGAAUCUCUCCGAGCCAACGCCCUGCCCGUGGCCCGGCGUAGUGUGUGAACGAGACCGAGUUACCGAGCUCCGCCUCCCCGGAAUGGGUCUCUCCGGCCAGCUCCCCGAUGGCGUCUUCCGGAAUUUGACGCGCCUCCACACUGUCAGCCUCCGGUACAACGCUUUGUCGGGUCGGAUUCCGGCGGAUAUUGCUUCCUGCACUGACCUCCGCAACAUCUACUUGCAGGGUAACUUGUUUCCCGGCGAGAUUCCUGCGACCUUUUUCGUUCUUCCCAACCUUGUUCGCCUGAACCUCGCCGGAAACAAGUUUUCCGGGGAGAUCCCUCUUGGGCUCAGCAAUCUGACUCGGUUGGCUACUCUGUACUUGGAGAAUAACCAGCUAACUGGAGCAAUUCCGGACCUGAAGUUGUCGGGUCUUGUUCAGUUCAACGUUUCGUCCAAUCAGCUCAAUGGUUCGAUUCCUUCGAGCCUCGCGCGGUUUCCGGCGACCUCGUUCGCCGGCAAUUCACUAUGCGGUGGACCCCUUUUGGCUUGCUCUAAUAAUGGGUCUGAUAAUGGCGGAAAGAAAUUGUCCGGCGGAGCCAUUGCGGGUAUUGUGGUUGGCUCUGUUUUGGGUCUUCUCUUAAUUCUUGCAAUUGUGAUUUUGUUGUGUAAGAGAAAGACUAGUGCGAAAACAAGGUCUACAGAUAUUGCGCCGGUGAAGCCUCCCGUCGAGGUGGAACUUCCCGGCGAGAAAUCCGUCGGAGGAGAUAGCUUGAGCAGUGGUUACAGUAGCGCAGUGAUGGCGGCGAGUGGGAGAGGGGGAAUGAGUAAGAGCAGUGGCGCGAACAGUUUGGUGUUCUUUGGGAAUGCACACAAGCCGUUUGAUCUGGAGGAUUUGCUGAGGGCUUCUGCGGAGGUUUUGGGGAAAGGGACUUUUGGAACAGCUUAUAAGGCUGCUCUAGAAAUGGGCAUUACUGUGGCUGUGAAGAGAUUAAAAGAUGUGAUAAAUUCAGAGAAAGAGUUCAAUGAGAAGAUGGAGGUUGUGGGAACCAUGGAUCAUGAGAAUUUGGUUCCACUCAGGGCUUAUUAUUACAGCACGGAUGAGAAGCUUCUUGUUUAUGAUUACAUGCAAAUGGGAAGCCUAUCUGCACUUCUGCAUGGGAAUAGAGGGGCUGGUAGAACUCCAUUAAAUUGGGAAACAAGGUCUGCCAUUGCUCUUGGAGCUGCUCGAGGGAUUACUUACCUCCACUCUCGAAGCCCCACAACCUCCCAUGGCAACAUCAAGUCAUCAAAUAUCCUCCUCACAAAUUCAUACGGAGCCUGCGUCUCUGAUUUUGGCCUUGCUCAUGUUGCGGGCUCUGCCUCAGCUCCCAAUCGUGUUUCGGGGUAUCGCGCACCAGAGGUGACAGAUAAUCGCAAAAUUUCCCAAAAAGCAGAUGUCUACAGUUUUGGCGUAUUGCUCUUGGAGUUGCUCACAGGAAAGGCUCCCACCCAUUCUCUCUUGAACGAGGAAGGGGUAGACCUCCCGAGAUGGGUGCAGUCUGUUGUUCGGGAAGAGUGGACUUCUGAGGUUUUUGAUCUCGAGCUUCUCAGGUACCAGAAUGUCGAGGAGGAGAUGGUUCAGCUCUUACAGCUUGCCGUGGAUUGCACAGCCCAGUACCCGGACAAUCGCCCUUCAAUGGCCGAGGUGACUAGGCGAAUUGAGGAGCUCUGUCAAUCUGGCUUACGGAAAGAGGAAGACCCACAACGUGAUGUGGUUAACGACAUGGAUGAUGGGUCUUCCAGGCAGACUUACUCGGUAGAUUCGACCGCACCUCCUAUUGCUGACUAAAUUACCACCACCAAACAAAUUCACCCUUGCUUUGUUUUUAGAUUGCUUAAUCUGGUACUUUUAUUGUUUGUUUCAUUCUUGGGGCUCAUUCCAUUCCCUCGUCAAGAAAGGAUCCUUCAUCUGCUCAUGUUCUUUCAUUUUUUGUCCUAAUACAUUGUCCAUUGCAGCAGGUUUCAUUUCCUUGUAAUUUUUCCAUUUCAUGGCAUGUAGUUGGGAAUUUUAAUAUAAUUUUUUUAUUGUGUGAACAGUAA